AGUUUUAUAUCAUCCAAAUUUUUUUUUGUGUGAGAUUUUUUUUUUCUUUCGACAUUGAACUUCAUUUAUUGGAAAUUUUUUCCGCUUAUAAAAUAUAAAUAAUAUAUCUUAAUUAUCGAAUCGAAAUGCCCGUGAAUCAAAUUCAAAAUGGAUCAUCAUCAUCAUCAUCAACAACAUCAGCUCGAAAUGGCAGUAAAUGGCCGGAAAAUGUUGGCAUCAUUGCAAUGGAUAUUUAUUUUCCAUCAUCAUAUGUUGAUCAAACUGAUUUAGAAGAAUUUAAUGGUGUAUCAAAAGGUAAAUAUACGAUCGGUUUGGGACAACUUAAAAUGGGUUUUACCGAUGAUCGUGAAGAUAUUUCAUCAAUUUGUUUGACUGUAACGGAAAGUUUAUUGAAAAAAUAUAAAAUUUCUCCGGCUGAUAUUGGUUUUCUUAUGAUCGGUACUGAAACAAUUAUUGACAAAUCAAAAAGUAUCAAAACUGUUUUGAUGGAUCUGUUCAAAGAUAGUGGAAAUACCGAUAUUGAAGGUAUUCAUGCUACAAAUGCUUGUUAUGGUGGAACGGCUUCAUUGUUUCAUGCAAUUGAUUGGAUUGAAUCAAGUAAUUGGGAUGGCCGUUAUGCAUUGGUUGUUGCAGCAGAUAUUGCUGUCUAUGCUAGUGGUGCCGCUAGACCUACUGGAGGAUGUGGUGCUGUCGCUAUGUUGAUCGGGCCGAAUUCAGCCAUAAUUUUGGAUCGUAAAGUUCGUUCCACUUAUAUGGCAAAUGUUUAUGAUUUUUAUAAGCCAGAUCUCUCUUCUGAAUAUCCAUACGUUGAUGGCCCAUUAUCAAAUCAAUGUUAUUUACAAGCAUUGGAUCAAUGUUUUAAUUUAUAUUUCGAUAAGGCCAAUCGUAAUCGAGAAGAAUUGUUAAACCAUGAUCAUUCGGAACAAUCGAUGAUUGAUUUGAGCCACUUUGAUGCGGUUAUUUUUCAUGCUCCUUAUUGUAAAUUAGUACAAAAAUCUGUUGCACGUAUGCAUUUGCUUAACAAUUUACGUUUGCAAGCAAAUGAUCCAAGUCGAUUCGAUUUAAAAUUAGAAAAAUAUAGGAAUAUUAAACUGGAAGAUUCGUAUAAUGAUCGAGAAAUGGAAAAACUAUUGCUUACAUUGAGUUCGGAAAAUUUUUCGAAACAAACUGAUCCAAGUUUAAUGUUGGCUCGUGAAAUUGGUAACAUGUAUACGGCAUCACUUUAUGCCUGUCUUAUUUCCUAUCUUAUCAGUGAUUCAGUCGAAAAUCAAAUUGACAAACAUCUUUUGCUAUUUUCCUAUGGUUCUGGUUUGGCUGCAUCAAUGUUUUCCGCUCGUAUAACCAAAGAUAAGACAAUAUUAUCACGAUUAUCGAAUGGUUUGGCCGAUAUUAAAUCACGUUUACAACAACGUCGACGUGUACCACCAGCAAAAUUCGAAGAAACAUUAAAUCUUCGUGAAAAAACACAUAAUAUUGCACCAUAUGCACCAACUGGUGAUAUAUCAUUAUUGAUGGCCGGUACUUAUUAUAUUACCGAAAUUAAUCAAAAAUAUCACCGAAAGUAUUCAAAAGCUUAAAACAAUUUUAGAACAACAACAACAACAAAAUUUAUGUGAUGAAAAUGGAUUCGAUUAGGAAUCGAUCAUA